AUGCUCCUCCUCAUCGCCGGCAUCACUGGCCACAUCGGCCAACACCUCGCCCGUGAGGCCCUCGCCAAAGGUCUCACCGUCCGCGGUCUCGGUCGCUCACCCGACAAGCUCGAUCCCAGCAUCAAGCUCGAGUCCUUCGUCCAAAGCAGGAACUACUACGACAUCCCCGCUUUGGACACCGCCGUGAAGGGCGUUGACGCCAUCAUCGUCGCCUACAUGGGAACCCCCGAACUCCAAGUCGACGGCCAUCUUCUCAUCCUCCGCGCUGCCGAGCGCGCAGGCGUCCGUGUCUUCCACACCUCAACCUGGACGUUCGACUUCCGCAAAACACGCUUCCUUGAACAUGAAAGCUACGACCCGUUUGUAGCCUUCCAGCGCAUUGCGGAGCUAACCUCCCCAAUAAAGCCGAUUUACAUGCUCUCUGGCGUGCUCACGGAGGUCCUGUUUAGCGUGGAAGGACGCGCGGAUUUCAGUCCCAAGAGCGGGGGCGUAUUUGAUCCCGAGAGGAAGUGUAUGGAGUAUUAUGGGACGGGGGAGGAGAAGUAUCAGUGGACGACUGAGCAUGAUGCUGCGAAGUUUAGCAUCGAGCUUAUCAUGUCAGAAGAAGCACAGUCCGGAAACGGAGGGUUCUUCAGUGCUUGGUCCGGCGAGCAUAGCGUGAAGGAGAUUGCGGAGGUGUACGAGAAGGUCCAUGGCAAGUCGAUCAGCUUGAAGAAUAUGGGUACCGUGGAGGAUCUGGAGGAAAAGGCGUUGGCAGAUAGGGCGAGGGGUACCCCGGCGGGUUUUUGGGGAUAUAUCGGGGCGUUCUAUCAACUGUUCACGAUCAAUGGGCGGUGGGUGCUGACGGAUGAAAAUCUGUUUCCAAAAGUGGAGAGAACGAGUCUGGAGGAUUUCUUUAAGCAGUCGAACGUGUAG